AUGGCACCAAGGAAAACAGGGAAGGUGGACUUUCCUUCGGAUUGGUGGUUGCCGUUUGAGCUGGCCAGGCAGGUCAGGUCAGAACCUGUCGUGAUGGGUGGCUUGUCCGUCUUCGACGGCUUGCCGCGCUCAAGCCGAAGAAUCAGCGAGGCUCUGACUGCGAAAGGUUUGGUCACGGCUUCCAUUGACAUUCGCAAUCCCACGGACGACCCGAAUGCACAGAACAUUCUGGAAGAGGCUGGGUUGACAAUGUUUGUGGAGCAUUUGGCAUCUCUGGAGAAAGAAUCCAUCCUCUUUCUGCCCAGAUCCGUGUCACGGCGCAGCAAAGCCAAUCCCCACGGCGCUAGCUCAGCGUGGGUUGAUCUUGGGAAUCAGCAUGCCAAGUUCGUGGAGCAAGCUCUUCUCGCAGCCACUUCUCGAGGUAUAUGGACUGUGCUGGAGCAGCCGAAAGGUUCGCUCCUGUUUGACGAGCCUGGUGUGGCGCAUGCGCUGGGUGCCAUUGGAGCCCGUUCCGUGACAGUUAACCUCGGAUGUUUUGAUGCGCCCAGCUUAAAGCCACUCACGCUGAAGGGCACGGCUCCAUGGCUGGAACAGCUGCAAGACAUCUCCAAAAAGCGCAAAGCUUCCGGCGUCGCAGAUGGCCUAGACUGUCUCUGCACUUAUGACGAGGAUGGCAAUCCCACAGGUACCGCUGCUGUUCCAGAGUCCGAAGCGUACCCCGAGGAGUUUUGCGAGCCUCGAGUCAUCUUUUAUCCUGUAAGACCAAGACUUAUAGGAUUCAGGAGUUUCAUUGCCCAGUAA